AUGGCGGAGCAACUCAGCAACGGCAUGAACAAGCUUUCCCUUGACUCGCAGGCCCCCGCUGCUCCUGCUCAGCAGCCGGCCGUGCGGUCGUACAUCCCUCCCCACUUGCGGGCUAAGAUGGCCCAACAGCAACAGCAACAACAGGCCGGUGCCAACGGCUCUGCUACGACCCCCAGUGUCGGCGGCGGCCCGUCUAGCACCAUGAGCGGCUUGAACAACAGCGCCUGGGCUAACAACAACAAUUACGAUUCCGGUCGUAACUGGGGCAACUAUGACUCGUGGAACAGCCGUGGUGGCGGCUUCAACCGCAACGCCUACCGUGGCCCGGGUGGCGGCGGCAUGGGCGGUGGCUUCGGCCGCGGUGAGGGCCGCUGGGUUGACGGCAAGCACCUCAUUGGUAACCCCGAUCCUCGCCUGGAGCGGGAGCUUUUCGGCAGCGCCGACGAUCCGAGCAAGCAGCAUACUGGCAUCAACUUUGAGAAGUAUGAUGACAUUCCCGUCACUCCCUCCGGCCGCGAUGUCCCGGAGCCCGUCCUUACCUUCAGCAAUCCGCCUCUGGACCCGCAUCUGCUGUCCAAUAUCGAGCUGGCUCGCUAUAAGAUCCCCACCCCGGUCCAGAAAUACUCUAUUCCCAUUGUCAUUAACGGCCGCGACCUGAUGGCCUGCGCCCAGACCGGUUCCGGCAAGACUGGCGGUUUCCUCUUCCCCAUCCUGCACUUGUCCUUCACCCAGGGCCCAUCGCCUGUCCCUGCCCAGCCCGGUGGCUAUGGUCGUCAGCGCAAGGCCUACCCCACGGCCCUGAUCCUCGCCCCCACUCGUGAGCUGGUCUCUCAGAUCUACGAUGAGGCUCGCAAAUUCGCCUACCGCUCGUGGGUCCGUCCCUGCGUCGUCUACGGUGGUGCAGAUAUCGGCUCGCAGCUCCGUCAGAUCGAGCGCGGUUGCGAUCUCCUGGUCGCCACGCCCGGCCGUCUGGUCGACCUGAUUGAGCGUGGCCGCAUCUCGCUCUGCAACAUCAAGUAUCUGGUUCUCGACGAGGCCGACCGCAUGCUUGAUAUGGGUUUCGAGCCCCAGAUUCGGCGCAUCGUCCAGGGUGAGGACAUGCCUCCCACCGGCAAGCGUCAGACCCUAAUGUUCUCGGCCACCUUCCCCCGUGACAUCCAGAUGCUCGCUCAGGACUUCCUGCACGACUACAUCUUCCUCUCGGUCGGUCGUGUCGGUUCCACUUCUGAGAACAUCACCCAGAAGAUUGAGUAUGUCGAGGAUAUUGACAAGCGCUCUGUCCUGCUCGACAUUUUGCACACCCACACUGGUGGCCUGACCCUCAUCUUUGUCGAGACCAAGCGCAUGGCCGACUCGCUCUGCGACUUCCUGAUUAACCAGAACUUCCCGGCUACCUCAAUUCACGGUGACCGUACCCAGCGCGAGCGUGAGCGUGCCCUCGAACUCUUCCGCAACGGCAAGUGCCCCAUACUGGUGGCUACUGCUGUCGCUGCUCGUGGUCUCGAUAUUCCCAACGUCACCCACGUCAUCAACUACGAUCUGCCCACCGAUAUCGAUGACUACGUCCAUCGUAUCGGUCGUACUGGCCGUGCCGGCAACACGGGUAUUGCCACGGCCUUCUUCAACCGCGGCAACCGUGGCAUCGUUCGUGAGUUGAUUGACCUGCUCAAGGAGGCCAACCAGGAGAUCCCGAGCUUCCUUGAGACUAUUGCUCGCGAGUCUUCGUACGGCGGUGGCCGUGGUGGCCGUGGCGGCGGUGGUGGUCGUGGCCGUGGUCGUGGUGGCCAGACCGACUUCCGCAAGUACGGCGGUGGCGGUGGCGGCUUCGGUGGUCCUUCCCACAGCUCUGGUGGCUACGGUGGUGGCUAUGGCGGCGGUUAUGGCGGCCCCCCGAGUGGUGGUUAUGGCGGUUAUGGCGGCGGCUACGGCGGUGGCUACGGCAACCCCGGUGGUUCUGGCGGCCAGUCUUGGUGGUAA